UAGACUUUUUUUUCUGAAGGCAAAAGAAAACAUUUUUUUCCUGCUGCCGUCGUAUUUUCUGAACUUGAGGUGCUACUGUCAAUAUUUGAUUUCGUCGCGAAAAGAAGCCAAGAGGCCAGUGUUCAUAUACGACGGAUUCAAAAAAUAAAACUACUGAAACUAUAGAACAAAAUGAUGCACGAUGGUGGCACAAUGCACCACUUGAUCGCCGCAACUCUGGCGGUCUUUGCUGGGUCCAUCGUUGAAGCCAUUCUAGGGUUUGGUUGUUCCCUUGUGUGGAUGUCCUUCUUUCCCUUGUUUACGACGAUUCCGGAUGCGGUAGGAGUCUUGCAACCGAUGCAUAUUGCCCUGAACACGAUCCUUUUGGCAAGCACGUGGAGGCAGUGUACCCCGAACGCACUGAAACCCUUGGCAAUGACCGUUCCGUUCGGGAUUGUGUUCGGACUGUGGAUUGUUACUUCGUGGUCUUCCAAUGCCAUUGAUUGCGUUCUCGGAAUUUUUCUGAUUGUGUACACAUUUUUGAAGAAUGACGAGCAUGAGGAGCCCGCAGAUCAUAGCGAAGCGCCAAAAAAUCCAAAGCAUCAUGGUUUUGGACGAAAAACAAGCGAUCUCACCCUGGCGCCUCUAGAGGAGGUGUUAAUGGAGGAAGAGAAAAAGGAUGAUAGCCAGGACACUCGACCACCGUCACCUAUUGCGGAAGAAGUGCCGCACGUGACGGAGACGAUAUCUCCCUUGACCCAUCGACAUACGAUAUCCGUGGCGGCCAGCAACCACAACGUGCCCAGUGCCAAUACGUCGACGUCAAUAGCAAAAUCCAACAGCUCGACUAGCAGCAGUACCACCACUAGGAAAAGCAUGCUACAGAACCCCACUGCAAUUUGCGCUGGAMUGGUUGGUGGAGCCCUCAUGGGGGCCUUUGGGACCGGUGGGCCGGCCUUUUUGAUCUUUGCACGGGAGRCCGGAUGGCAGAAUCAACCUGAGCUCUUUCGGGCCAACCUGCAGCUAUUAUUUUUCGUCAUUAACGUGCCGGUUUGCCUAUCGCAAUACGCAGAGGGGAUCAUAACCUAUGAGCGGUGCAAGGCCAGUAGCUAUCUGCUGCCGGCCCUCUUCGCUGGAGGAUCCUUUGGGAGGGUCCUCGCCACCAAGGUCCCCCGGGACAAGUUCCAGAUCCUGGUGGUGAACGGACUGCGGAUCAUGGGGAUGAUGUUUCUGAUCGAGGCAGCGCGGCCCGAAGAGUGAGUCAAAGGAGACGGGCAUCAAGGAUGUGAAAAUGGCAACGAUUGGACAAUCUGAGGGAUGGUUUACUGAUAUGUGUCAAUCCUUGCGAGUCGUCCCAUGAAUGGGUUUUGUACAUUUUUCCUCACAUUAUGUUGUGGCGAGACCCACAGCACCGCUGAUCGCAUAUGAGCAAGAUCCACAAGCUACUACCAGAACAGUGUUCGAUGAUCCAAACGAUAAGCAUGUUCCGCGGGAAUGCAACUAAAGCUACGAUUAAGAUUCUGAAGUUACGGUUGUGRUUCAKGUACUGUGUAAUACCACUUUCAAAAUUUUAUGAAAAAUUGCAGUUUCACAAAGUUGGAAUUCUUUUCUUGAUUGAUUGUCCUUGCAAUGGUUGUUACUCCGCUGAUUUGAUGCCGAGAUUGAAUUUUUGGAGUGUCUGAAGUUAUUUUCAUUGCAGUCAUUAGUUCACAAUGAUUACUACUAGUAUCAAAAGGAAUUACAUUGGAAGUACUUCCAUGUUAGUUUUUUUUGUGGGUUGAUGCCAGRAUAGAACAAUCAUGGUCCUAUUUUCCACCUUGCUUACCGUAGGGUACCGUAAGGUAGAAUGCUUUCGUCAAUCCGAGUUUCAACACGGAAGACGAAUCGCAAGCUCGAAGAAAAACGUCCCGGAAACCAUACAAAAGCAACUUCGAACCGUCGAUUCCUGUUAAGACGAGUCCGUCUUAGUAUCUACGUACGUACCGUACGUUCGGUAGGAUGUCCCACAAGAGAUACGUACUGGUAAUGGGUACGUACGAGUACGUACUUGACGUUAGGAGGGAGAUGACGGUUUUUYCCGUUGAUUUAAUUGACUCAUUUGAUCCUGUUUGGAUUAAAAGUGCGUUGCAUCUUGCAUCCGAGAACGCGAGAAAAGUGUCUCCCGGAAAAUUGAGGAGCCCAUCGAUUGAUUCAUUCGCUUUUUCCUCAAAAUACUACUACUGCUUUGCAAAUCACUAUCACCGUAACAAUACCGAUAGAAGUGAGCACGAUUCUCAAAGCUACUCCUCCACCUAUUGAAAAGUGAGGUGUCCGAGUAUGUUUCCAACAGUAUUUCAACGAUCCUCUUUGUUGCUAAGUCCCACGAGACAAUGGCGCGUGUUGUGUCAUGCUUUCCAAAGUGCCUCUGUCCCCGAAGUUUUCGACAUCGGCAAUACAAACAUCAAUCCUAGCCCGAUCAGCGGUGGCACACAUCAAUGSUGUCCUUCUUCCCGUUCGUUCUCCUCUUCUUCUCACAACAACGGCAAUCACGAAAGCAAAAAAAUAUUUCGAUGGCUGGAUCUCGAGAAUGCGGGCCUGUCUAUGCUUGAACGCUUGUCGUUGGAGGAAUACCUUUUGAAACAUACCCAGGACAACUGGAUUCUAGUGGGUCGGCACUCAGUGUGGCCCUCGAAGUACAUUUCUGUCACAGAGAAAAAAAGUGAUGAUAGAGGGGACGAGGGUAUUAUGCUCAGCAGCAGCAGCAACAACAAAAAUAACAAACACCUCAAAACGCUGCCGGACUACAUCACAACCUCCACCACCGAAUGCCGCCUUCCCAAUCCCAGCGGAAUGGUGGUCAUGGGCAUCGGCGGCAAAGCCGAAAAGCUUCUGAACUCCGACACCAUACGGGCCAACCGGUUGUUGGUAGCGAAGCGGUUUUCGGGUGGCGGGACGGUUGUCAUGGAUGGAAACGCAAUCUGGACCACGCUGAUCGCCGGGCGCAAAAAAGUUGCAACAGAAACAGAACCGACGAACGGCAACAACAAGGCCGGAGAGGAGCUCUGCAAGCCGUUUCCACGGGAUAUUAUGGAAUGGACAGCCAAGGCUGUYUUUGGACCCACCUUUGACAAACUCAACACAAGAGUUACCGCUUCCUCCAYUGGCACCCACAGAAAAAAAAAUGUUCCGGCAUUCUCCCUCCRGGAGGACGACUACGUCCUGACCAGUGCAGACGAAAUCAAUGGCGAGACCCGCAAAAUGGGGGGAAAUGCACAAGCCAUUUCUGGGAGACAGGGAUGGCUCCACCACACGAGUUUUCUAUGGGAUUACGACGACGCCAACAUGGAAGACUACCUGAAGCUCCCCGAAAAGCGUCCCGCGUACCGCUCCGAUCGGAGUCACCGUGACUUUUUGGUCAAGCUAAAGGACCACUACGGAAGUGAAUUCGAUGCUGGUGAUUCCGAUUUGGGSYCGUCGCUCUUUGUCGAGUCCAUGAAGCACGCCUGCGAAGAAUCUCUGGGCAUCCAGGAAWCCGAUUGGCCGAGCGUCUACGAAGAAGUUUUUUCCAGCGACGAUUCCAAGUUCCACGCCUGGUGGCUCGAGAACCGAACGAGAAUCCAGCACGACCUGUAGUCUUUAUUCAUCCGCAGAUACUGUCCCCGUAACGAAACGAAACGCAAAGCAACGCAACGCAAACGCAUAGCAACGGAACGCACGGGUAAAACAACUCC